AUGGUAGAAGUCACCUCUGAUGUCUCUCCAUCAACUGUGGCUUUAGCAGCAGCUGCUCGUCAAACGGGAGGUAAAGUCGUCUUUAUUAUUCCGGAACAAAAAUUGGACAAGACGCAGAAAGUGAUUGAAGAAACAGGGCUAAAUGACAUGGUAGAAUUCAAGACAGGGGACCCUGUUGAUGUCUUGCCUAACUACGAGAACAUCGACUUCUCUCUCGUUGAUUGCAAGACAGAAAACUACGACAAGUUGAUUGAAAAACUCGAUGGUAAUCCCGAAAGAUCAGUUGUAGUCACAAAUAAUGUAGAAAGGAGAAAAGGGGUUAGAGGAAAAUUGAAAAAAGUGGAGAAUGAGGUUAAAAUAUAUUCAACAAAGCAUCAUAUAGGUAAAGGUUUAGAGGUUACCAUGAUAGAAAGAAGCAGAUUAGGAAGUCAUAGUCAUGGUCAUCAAAGAGGAGAAAAAAAGAGGGGUAAAGUGAAAUUGAGUGAAAAAAGCAAAUGGGUAUUUGAAGUUGAUGAAAAAAGUGGUGAAAAACAUAUAUAUAGGACGAAAAAAUGA